ACAGCAGCUGGUGGUGCCAAGAGCACGCCAGAGUGCUCAGAGCAGGCGACGGGACAGGACGGGACAGAGCAGUGCCGUGAGGAGUCCCCUCACAGCUCACUUGUUCGUGUCCGACCCGCAGCUUUUCUGAGGCGUUGUUCCUGCAGCUGACCUCGAGGCCACAGCACAGCACUUGGUGACCCGUGGCCUUCCCGAGGCUUCUGUUCUGCAGGUGCCCUUGAGGGCAGAGUGUGGGACUUGGUGCCCUGGAGCUUUUCUGAGGCAUCUCCCAGCCCUGCCGCCAGUGCCCUCGAGGCCAGACCACAAUCCCUGACAGGAGUCUCCUGUCCUUGUGGCAGGAGCCCUUGAGACCAGAGGGCAGGGCUUGCUGUCCUGUAGCCUUCCUGAGGCUUCUCUCUGGAAGGUGCCUUCCAGACACGACUGCAGGACUUGUUGAUGUGGAGAUUUUCUGAGGGAUCUCUCCUGCAAGUUCCCAAAAAUCCAGUCACUGACAUGGAGAAGAGACCCCCAAGAGUGCCCAAGCUGGCCUGGGUGGAGGAGGAGGAAGAAGGCCCUGGAGCUGCACCAGCACAGGAGACUGAAAAGGUGGUGCCGUUCCAUCCACCGCAGGAGGAUGCAGCCCUGGACCACAAACAAGAGCAGGAAUCCACCCGUGGCCGCUUCCGCAGAGCAGCGCAGCUCGUUUGCAAAUUCAUCAGGAGCAUUCGGCAGGAAGAAACCAGCGCCAUGGGCACUGGGCUCAGAGAAUACUCAGAGGUCCUCAAAGAUGAGACCAGUGCUGCCCUGCUGGAUUUGCUUGUGGAGAGGGGUGUUUUCAGAGCAGAGCAAGUGCCUGCCAUGGUGAGAUUCAUCCACCUGUGGCUCACGGCCAAUGAUUCUGCUGAGCACAGGCUGGACAAAACCCUUCUGCAUCUCACCAAAGCGCAGCCAAAUGACGCAGUAAUGACACUCCUGCGUGUGGCCCCAUCCUGUGACAGAGCUGCCAUGGCCAUGUGGAAGACCAUCAUGUGCUCACCCAGGACUGCGAAGGUGGUGCAGCUGAUUCUCCUGGAUGUGCUGGGGAGCUGGCCAGAGUACAGCACGUGCACCUCCGAUGGGGACAAAACGGGUGUCUUUGCCCUGGCUGCAACUGUGGUGAUGUGGAAGAUCCUCCAGGAGCCCUGUGUCCCACACAACGUGAAGCUGCAUUUCCCCCACUAUUUGUGCAUCUGCUCUUCCAAGUGUUCUUCAGCACUGAACAGAUGCCAAAGAAGGUCCUUACCUUCUGGAAGAGAUGCCGGGAGCAACACGGCCUUGCCACCAGCCCCAACAGGUGACUCCUGUCCCUGCCAUAUUGCCAGGGCAAGAGCCAGCACUGCAAGUGUGACCUGGGCUUUGCUCUGCACACAUUGCAGUGUGGACCCUGAAGUCCCUGCUGUACCAAAAGCAGUACAAGGAUGUGGUGAUGGCAAUGGAACGCAGGUGUGGCUGGACACGCUGCUCUGUGCCGACACCCACCACUAUGCCGUGGGUCUGCUGGCCAGGUGA